AUGGGUCAGCUCAUUUCCGGUCCGGUAACGUUCAAGGAUACCAAGGUAUGGCAAAACUCCCAGUUUUCCGUUGCCGCGUCUAGCAUGCAAGGCUGGCGCGUGCGAAUGGAGGAUGCUUAUGCCUGUUUUCUCAAUCUUCCCACCUCGGAUUCGCUCUCUCCUCCCACUGCCUACUUUGCCGUUUUCGACGGCCACGGUGGCACCAAAAUAUCAGAGUACGCUGCUACUAAUCUUCACACGAAGAUAAUGGCUGAACCGGCAUAUGCCAAAGGCGAUCUAGUUGGAGCCAUGCGAUCAGGAGUUCUAAGGCUCGACGCCGAAAUGCAGGUCAAAUUCACCGGACACCUCUCUCACUCCAACACAAAGAGGUCCCCUUUCGAUCUCCCUGACGUAGAGGUAGAGGGAAGGUCUUUGUUCCCCUCCUCGGGAGGUGGCGUAGAUGUCGGUGGCUCUACCUGCAUCGCGCUGCUGCUGCGCGGGAAUCAUGCGUACUGCGCGAACUGUGGAGAUAGUCGUGCGGUGCUUAGCCGACAGGGUGUAGCUGAGGCACUGUCAGUGGACCACAAACCCACCAUGACUUCUGAAUGGAGCCGUAUUGUUGCCGCUGGAGGCUGGGUGGCGGCAAAUAGGGUGAACGGCAAUCUAGCACUCUCACGAGCUCUUGGCGAUUUUGUGUAUAAGCGAAACUCCACUCUUUCUGCCGAGGAGCAAAUCGUUUCAGCUGAGCCCGACGUUACUCAGUGCGAAUUGAAGGUUACUGAGACGGACGAAUUCAUUGUUCUUGGCUGUGAUGGCAUCUGGGAUGUGAUGACGAAUCAGGAAGUCAUUAGCUUUGUUCGCAGCCGCCUAGCCAAUGGUCGUCCCCUCGAUCUUAUCUGUGAGGAGUUGAUGAUGCACUGCUUGGCCCCCAAUUGCAAUCCUAAUGGACUGGGAUGCGACAACAUGACAGUUGUCAUAAUCUGCUUCCUGAACGGCGGCACCUAUGAUGACCUCAAGCAGCGCUGCUCUCGGCUCUGUCCUGCCGGCCCAGCUGUUGAUGUAUUGUCCCCCUAG